AUGAAAUUUGCCAAAGCUUUGGAGCUAGUAAGCGUGGAGUUUGGGGAAACAGAUGUCGAUGACAGAUAUGGAGAUUUGGAUUCCAGAGCAGAUUCUGAUGUUCCUGAGAUCCCGCCGAGCUCCGACAGGACCCCCGCGAUCCUGCAGAAAGCACUCUCUGGCUUAUCCUCAAGGUGGAAAAACUGGUGGAUCCGUGGGAUCCUCACUCUGACGAUGAUUUCGCUGUUCUUCCUGAUCAUCUACAUGGGGUCCUUCAUGCUGAUGCUGCUGGUUCUGGGCAUCCAAGUGAAAUGCUUCCAUGAAAUUAUCACGAUAGGUUACAGAGUCUACCAUUCUUAUGAUCUUCCAUGGUUCAGAACACUCAGUUGGUACUUUCUGCUGUGUGUGAACUACUUUUUCUAUGGAGAGACUGUUGCUGAUUAUUUUGCUACAUUUGUUCAAAGAGAAGAACAACUUCAGUUCCUCAUUCGCUAUCAUAGAUUCAUAUCAUUUGCACUCUAUCUAGCAGGUUUCUGCAUGUUUGUACUGAGCUUGGUGAAGAAACAUUACCGUCUGCAGUUUUAUAUGUUCGCAUGGACUCAUGUCACUUUACUGAUAACCGUCACCCAGUCGCAUCUGGUCAUCCAAAAUCUGUUUGAAGGCAUGAUCUGGUUCCUUGUUCCAAUAUCAAGUGUUAUUUGCAAUGACAUUACUGCUUACCUUUUUGGAUUUUUUUUUGGAAGAACGCCAUUAAUUAAGUUGUCUCCUAAAAAGACUUGGGAAGGAUUCAUUGGCGGUUUCUUUUCUACAGUCGUGUUUGGAUUCAUUGCCGCCUACGUGCUUUCCAAGUAUCAGUACUUCGUCUGCCCCGUCGAGUACCGCAGCGAUGUCAACUCCUUUGUCACCGAGUGUGAGCCUGCUGACCUGUUCCAGCUGCACAGCUACGUGCUGCCCUCCUUCCUGAAGGCGGUGUUGAGGCGGGAGACAGUGAGUUUGUAUCCUUUCCAGAUACACAGCAUUGCUCUUUCAACUUUCGCUUCUUUGAUUGGCCCAUUUGGAGGCUUCUUUGCCAGUGGUUUCAAAAGAGCUUUCAAAAUCAAGGAUUUUGCAAACACCAUCCCUGGGCACGGCGGAAUCAUGGACAGAUUUGACUGUCAGUAUUUGAUGGCAACUUUUGUGCACGUAUACAUCACCAGUUUCAUAAGGGGCCCGAAUCCCAGCAAGGUACUGCAGCAGCUGCUGGUGCUCCAGCCAGACCAGCAGCUGAACAUCUACAGAACCCUGAAGACGCACCUCAUUGAGAAGGGCAUCCUCCAGCCCGCCUUGAAGGUGUGACUGGCCCGAGGGAGGACUUGGGACAAGGAGAAGCCUGGCAGACAAAAUCUUGUCCCUGUACAGAAAAAUGGUUGAAAAUGCAAUAGAUUGAACUUUCACAGGCACAAAUGUUUCUCCUCUGAAAUUACUGUGAAUAUUUAACAAACACUUGAUCUGAGUCAUGAAAUAAGUAGCAAAUCGCCACCAAAAUAUCCUGUCCUUUUUCUGUGAUGUGUUUCCUGACAUUAACUUCCUUCACCCUACUUGCUGGGUUUCAUAAUUUUAAAGAGUCAAAUGCUAUAAAAUGAGUAACUCCAGGGUGUCUUCAGAUAAUACCUGGCAGUGGGAUCUUUUGCACAAAUAUUUACUUUUGCCCUUCAAGCUGCUCUUUCAUUUUUGCAGGACAUUUUAUGUAAGGCACAAUAGGAAGCCAGUUCUCUUGGACUUCCUCCUCUUCUAUCAGAAGAAUGUUCCGAAGCUUAGUAGGGUGGGGGAAAGAUUGUUCCCCCAACCCCUUCCUUCUCUUUUUCCUUUCCUUCUCUUCCGUUCCCUUUUUUCCUUUUCUCCUUUC